UAUGGUUCGAAGAGCGGGUGGCGCGGAGGAGGUGAACGACAGCGCAGUCGACAAUCUGCUCCUGCACGGAGUCGCUCGCACACCUUUUCCUCCCGCUGCUCGUUCGUAUCACCGCCGUUAACCCGGCGUCCCUUUGCGACGCGACGCGCGAUCAGUCUCGACCGCUAUUAUUUUCAUCUUCCCAACGAAGAGACUUGGCAAUUUGAAGAGGAAAAGUUUCUCGAUACAGCAAGGACGUUACAAAUGGAAAAGGGACGGACCGCAAAGUGCGGUUAAAAUCAGGGGAAAAAAAGGUGAAGGAGUUUCGGGGCAGAAUGCGGUGAUCUACAGUUGAAACCUCGAAGAAAGAAGCCUUCGAAGGCUUCAGAUCGCCGCAACCAUGUUGUUGCCGGCCGAUAUGCUGGCGGCCCAGUCCAAGAUGGUAUACCAGAUCAACAAGUACUUUGGGGAGCGUGUAAUGACCAGGAAGAGUCAAGUGAUGAAGACGAUCCAAGAAGUGUGCCGGGUGGUGCAGGACGUGCUGAAGGAAGUAGAGGUUCAAGAGCCUCGGUUCAUCUCGUCGUUGACCGACUACAACGGUCGUUUCGACGGUCUCGACGUGAUCUCCCCGACGGAAUUCGAGAUCGUGAUCUAUCUUAACCAAAUGGGAGUUUUGAAUUUCGUGGACGACGGCACGUUGCCAGGUUGCGCGGUGCUGAAGCUCAGCGACGGUCGAAAGAGGUCUAUGUCCCUUUGGGUCGAAUUCAUCACCGCCUCCGGUUACCUGUCCGCCAGGAAGAUCCGUUCGAGAUUUCAGACCUUGGUGGCGCAAGCUUGCGACAAGUGUGCCUAUAGGGAUUCGGUGAAGAUGAUCGCGGACACGACCGAAGUGAAGCUUCGCAUCAGGGAGAGAUACGUGGUGCAGAUCACACCGGCGUUCAAGUGUGCCGGACUUUGGCCAAGAUCGGCCUCUCAUUGGCCGAUAGCGCACAUAUCUUGGCCGCAUCCUAAUAUCGUAGCCGAAGUGAAAACAGAAGGAUUCGACAUGUUGUCGAAAGAAUGCAUAGGACUGCAAGGGAAGCAAUCAGCGAUGGAGGGCGACGCAUGGGCGUUGUCUUUCAUUGAUGCCGAGAAUCGUCUGCUCCAAGGUGGCAGUCGUAAACGUUGUCUGAGUAUCCUGAAGACUCUUAGGGACAGACAUCUCGAUCUACCUGGCAAUCCUGUCACCAGCUAUCACAUGAAAACCUUACUGCUGUACGAGUGCGAGAAACACCCUCACGAGGCUGAAUGGGACGAGACGUGCAUCGGGGACCGCAUCAACGGAAUAUUAUUGCAACUGAUCUCUUGCCUGCAGUGCCGCAGGUGCCCUCAUUAUUUCUUGCCAAAUCUCGAUUUGUUCAAGGGAAAAUCACCCAGUGGAUUGGAGAACGCGGCCAAACAAGUGUGGAGACUCACCAGGGAACUUCUUACGAACAGUCGCGCCUUGGAGAAGCUGUAGUGAAAGAAAUAUUUCGAUUCACCUGGGGAUUCGAGAAGCCCUUUUUAGAAACUUCAUCAAAAGGGGUCGUGUGUAUCGAUGCGACCACUUACGAAUUGUAGAAAAAUGAUGUGACAAUGAGAUUCUGCUAGGGAGAUUAUGUUAAUUAUUAUUCUCUGGACAAGCAGUCUGAAUCUGUGGGAGAAUUUUCGAGAUGGCUUAAAGCAAACUGGAAGGUGUAUUCAUCGAAUACUUUCGUUCAAAAGACGCUUGGUGUGUGUUUGCAAUGCAAGGAUGAUCGCUCGGUGCGUGUGUGAUUAUUUUGUGGUCCACGGAGCCCGGGGACGAUUUUGAACCAGUGCCAUAAAAUACGACGAGGUUGAAUUUUCGAACACGACCGUUCUUUGUCGUAAGGGAGUCGCCGUCGGACAGCUACAUCGAAUCACGAUACCCUGCGAUCUAAUUCUUAACCGGUGAUAUUCAUGUUCACUUUCAAAUUACACGUACGAUGAUCAAGGAAGAAUCGUGAUACGUUCGAACAUAGUUCAAUGGAAUAUAUUCGCGAAAUUGUUGAGAUUGUGUUGAAAAAGGGAGCGCAAGAAGUCACUGGUUACGGGUUACUUUAGUCCCUCUGUUUUAAUCGAUCUAUCCUGUCCCCCGACGCUAUGUAAAUACUACUCAAAAGAUAUUUAUUGAAAGUGUACACGAGAAUGUGAAAUACAAUGCUAUUUAUAUGGAACCAUA